AUGCCUCAGUUUCCCCGGCUGGAGCAGUGGGCGCACAGGGGCGAGGGGGCAGGGAACCCAAGCGCUGAGCUGGGGGACCCCCAGGUGUCCUGGGUCCCCCACUGGCUCCCACACCUGGUCCCCGUCCUGCUGUUGCCCUGAGAGGCAGUUGCUUAGUGACCGGGUGCAUCCCUAGCUGGGGGGGUUCCCGGGCUCCCUACUGCCCAGCCAGAGUCAGGAUUGGGGGGCGUCUAGGGGGCUGCAGGUCAGGAGUAGCCCCCCCCCAUCAUACCGGAUUGGGCCCCGCCAGGUGGGACCAUGCACCCCCCACUGCCACGUGUGUCGGGUGGGGGGGGUGCCGGGGGGUCCCCAGGACUUGCCCGCCCUGAGCAGGGCCGGGAGUGCAGGGGGCGGGGCCCGCGCGGGGGGCGGGGCUGGGGGGGGUCCCCGGACGCCCCCGCACCUGCGCCCUCCCCGUGGCACGGCGGCGGAGCAGCGCGGCCCCGAUCCGGCCCCGGCGCCAUGUGGCCCCCCCCGCCUGCUCUCCGCCUCCUGCUGCUGCUGCCGCUGCCGCUGCUCGGGCCCGCGACCCCCGCCCCGACCCCCGCCCCCGGCAGCCCCCACGUGUGCGGUCGCAGCUGCUGCCCCGGCUGGAGCCUGGCGCCCGGGACCCACCGCUGCACCCGAGCCGCCUGCGCGCCCCGCUGCCGUCCCGGGGGUCCGUGCCGCCCCCCCCGCCGCUGCGAGCGCCCCCCGCCCCGGCCCGUCGCCUCCCUGCGCUGGCAACCGCUCACGCCAUCAGAGCUCCAGGCUGUGCUGCAGCGCCGGGUACCCCCAGCGCCCCCCCGCACCCGUGAGGACCAGCCCCCGCACCCCGUCUUGUGCCCGCUGAUCUGCCGCAAUGGGGGGGUCUGCACCAAACCCGACGCCUGCCUCUGCCCCCCCGGCUUCACCGGCAAGUUCUGCCAGCUGCCGGCCAACCGCACCAAGCACGAGGCCCCCCCGGGCCCCCCCCCUCCGCCGGGCCACAUGGAGCAGGGCCCGCAGCCCCUCACCAAGUCGGUCUACACCCUGCCCCUGCGUAACCACGUGGAGGAGCGUGACGGCGCGGCGUCACUGGUGAACGUGCACGUGGAGCACCCGCCCGAGGCCUUGGUCACCAUCCAUGAGGUGGCGCGGGUCCUGGAGCCUUGCCGGCACCCCGGGGCAGCGCCCGCCCCCCCCGCGCCCUACCGCGUCCUGGCUCAGAGCAGCCCCCGCGCCCGCGGCCCCGGCUAUGGCGAGGACGCCGGCUUCGGCUACUGCUUCCGGCGCCUCCACGACGGAGAGUGCAGCUCGCCCGUGCCCGGCCUGCGCACCCGAGAGAUCUGCUGCCGCGGCACCGGCGUGGCCUGGGGUGUCCACGAGUGCCAGCCCUGCGCCACCGAGCUGGCUCCGGCGCCGGCUCUGGGCCCGCAGGCGGCUCCGUGCCCCCCAGGCUUCCGGCGCCUGAACGGGUCCUGCGUGGACGUGGACGAGUGUGCAGAGGGCGAGUUCUGCCAGAACGGCGUUUGCACCAACACGCGCGGCAGCUUCGCCUGCCUCUGCCACACCGGCUUCCUGCUCGACUCGGCGCGCAGCAGCUGCAUCUCCCACCAGGUGAUCUCGGAGGCCAAGGGCCCGUGCUUCCGCGUGCUGCGGGACGGCGCCUGCGCCCUGCCCACGCUGCGCAACAUCACCAAGCAGAUCUGCUGCUGCAGCCGCGUCGGCAAGGCCUGGGGGCGCCGCUGCGAGCGCUGCCCCCCCGCCGGCUCCGAGGGCUUCAAGGAGAUCUGCCCGGCUGGACCCGGCUACCAUUACUCGGCCUCUGACCUGCGCUAUGACACCCGCUACCUGGGCCACGACCUGCCCCGCGUGCCCGUCGGCCGCCCGCCGCACCCCCGCCUGCCCAGUCCCACCACCCCCAGGCCUGUCCCCGGCAGGACCCCUCCACCCACGGCCAGGCCGGAGCCGGAGCCUCAGACCCCCGCGGUGCCCACUGCACCGCCGGCCCCAGCGCCCGGCGGCUCCGUGUGCGAGCGCAACCCGCAGAUCUGCGGCCCCGGGCGCUGCGUGCCCCGGCAGGGCGGCUACACCUGCCUGUGCCACCCCGGCUACUGGCUCAGCACCCAGGGCACCCACUGCAUCGACGUGGACGAGUGCCGGCGCAGCCCCCGGCCCUGCGCCCACGGCCGCUGCGAGAACACGGUGGGCGGCUUCCGCUGCGCCUGCGACCCCGGCUACCGCGCUGACCCCGCCGGCACCCGCUGCCUCGAUGUGGACGAGUGCGCCCAGAGCCCCCGGCCUUGCACCCACGGGCGCUGCGAGAACACGCCCGGCUCCUACCGCUGCGCCUGCCCCGCCGGCUACCGCGCCAACGCCGCUGGCACCAGCUGCUCAGACAUCGACGAGUGCGCCCGGAGCCCCCGGCCCUGCGCCCCCGGGCGCUGCGAGAACGCGGCCGGCAGCUACCGCUGCGCCUGCCCCGCCGGCUACCAGCCCGGCCCUGGCGCCACCGAGUGCCUGGACGUGGACGAGUGCGCGGAUGGCCCCUGCGAGCCGGGGCGCUGCCAGAACCUGCCCGGCGGCUACCGCUGCACCUGCCCCUCCGGCUUCCAGCCCGGCCCCGGUGCCACCGGCUGCACUGACGUGGACGAGUGCCGCGACGCCCGCCCGCCCUGCGGCGCCGGGAGCUGCGAGAACCUGCCCGGCGCCUACCGCUGCCUCUGCCCCGAGGGCUACCACGCCGGCGCCCGGCAGGCUGAGUGCCAGGAUGUGGACGAGUGCGCGACGGGCACCCCCUGCGGUCUGCACGGCCGCUGCACCAACACAGCCGGAUCCUUCCGCUGCGAGUGCCGCCCCGGAUACCGGGCCCAGGCCCCCGGCGGCCCCUGCAUGGACGUGAACGAGUGCCUGGAAGGUGACUUCUGCUUCCCCCACGGCGAGUGCCUCAACGCCGACGGCUCCUACACCUGCCUGUGCGCCCAGGGCUUCGCCGCCGCGCCCGACGGUGCCUCCUGCCUUGACGUGGACGAGUGCCGGCGAGGGGGGGCCUGCGAGGGUGGCCGCUGCGUCAACACCGAGGGCUCCUUCGACUGCUACUGUCCGGCCGGCUUCCGCACCGGCCCCGACAAGACCGACUGCCAGGACGUGGACGAGUGCCAGGACUACAGGGAUGCCCUGUGCGGUGCCCAGCGCUGCGAGAACCUGCCCGGCUCCUACCGCUGCGUGGCUGACUGCGACCCUGGCUACCAAGCCGGCUCCAACGGCCAGUGCCACGACGUGGACGAGUGCGAGACCUAUGGGGCGCACCUCUGUGGCGCCCAGCGUUGCCAGAACCUGCCCGGCUCCUACCGCUGCGUGGCCCCCUGUGACCCCGGCUAUGAGCCUGGCCCUGGCAGCCAGUGUCACGACGUGGACGAGUGUGCCAAUGGGACACGGUGCGGGGUCCAUGCUGUCUGCCACAACCUGCCCGGCGCCUUCCAGUGCGUGUGUGACCAGGGCUAUGAGACCGCCCGUGAUGGGCACCACUGCCAGGACGUGAACGAGUGUGAGACGCUGCAGGGCGUGUGUGGGGCCGAGCUGUGCGAGAACGUGGAGGGCUCCUUCCUGUGCCUCUGCCCCAGCAGCGACCAGGAGUUCGACCCCAUGACGGGGCGCUGCACCCGCCCUCCUGGCGCCGCUCUGCCCAGCCGCCCGGAGCCUCCCGAGCUGCGGGUGGAGCCCGAGCCGGAGCUGGAGCCGGUGCUGGUGCCCGGGGAGGGGGCACGGCGGGAGUGCUACCGCCAGGGCUGUGGGGGGCUGCUGGCCUGGAACACCACACGGCAGGAGUGCUGCUGCACCCUGGGCGGCGGCUGGGGCCCCGAGUGCAGCACGCGGCCUUGUCCCACUCGCGGCUCAGCGCAGUACCAGGCCCUGUGCCCCGGGAUCGGUGGCAUCGUGGCCUCCGGACCCCACGGUGCCCUUGCAGACGUGGACGAGUGCGUGCUGUUUGGCCCGCACGCGUGCAUGGGCGGCGUGUGCGUGAACAAGGUGCCCGGCUACGCCUGCUACUGCCCCAGCGGCUACUACUACGAGAGGGAGCAGCUGGAGUGCGUCGAUAACGACGAGUGCCAGGACGAGGAGGCCGAGGCGUGCGUGGGCGGACGCUGCGUGAACACCGUGGGCUCCUACUACUGCUCCUGCCAGGCCCCGCUGGUGCUGGACGCCUCCCAGCGCCGCUGCGUGGCCAACGACAGCCAGGCCCUGGAUGCCAACCAGGCCGUGUGCUGGCAGGAGGUCGGCCCCGACCUGGUGUGCGGCCGCCCGCGCCUGGACCGGCAGGUCACCUACACCGAGUGCUGCUGCGUCUAUGGCGAGGCCUGGGGCAUGGAUUGCGCCCUCUGCCCCGACCGCGACUCCGAUGAUUUCGAGCUGCUGUGCAACGUGCUGCGGCCCCCCAGCUACGGUGCGGCACGGCCCGGCCUGGGGCUGCCCUACGAGUACAGCCCCGAGCUGGCGCCAGGCUACGGGCUGCCCUACGGCCCCGACUUCUUCCCAGGGUCCCCGGCCCGGGGGCCGCCGCGCCCCGACUACGACCCCUACCCACUAGGCAGCUACGGGGGGCCGCGCGAUGCCCUCUACGGCCCCCCACCCUACGAGGCCCCCGACUUCGAGGACCUGGCCUACGUGGACGCCCGCCCGGCCGAGCCCCCCUUCCCGCGCCCCCGCGGACCCCCCUGGCGCUACCCGGCCCGCGACGCCGGCGAGCGCCCGGGCCGCGCCAGCGAGAGCGACGGGCUGGAGCCGCUGCAGGAGGAGUGCGGGGUGCUGAGCGGCUGCGAGAACGGGCGCUGCGUGCGGGUGCCCGAGGGCUACACCUGCGACUGCCACCCCGGCUACCGCCUGGACGCUGCCCGCAUGGCCUGCCUGGACGUGGACGAGUGCUCGGAGGCCACCCCCCCGCCCUGCCCGCUCGGCCGCUGCCUCAACACGGACGGCUCCUACCGCUGCCUCUGCCCCCGGGGCCACGUCCCGGCCGGCCCCGGCCAGCCCUGCCUGCCCGCCCCCGCCCCCGGCACCGGCACCGGCCGCGCCUGAGCCCCGCCCGCAUCCUGGCCCCGAUCCGGCCAGGGCGGCGGGGGCAGGGGGUGUAUUUAUUGGAGGGCCGGGGGGGGUCGUGGGGCCUCGUGCUGUGCAGAAGGGGGGCACUUGCUGCCCUCUGUUGCUGGGGGGGGGAGCUGGGACCGCCCCCCAACUCUAAGUGCUUCCUGGGAAACGAGGGGUUAAUGCCCCCUGGCAGUCGCCCCUCCCCCCAUGUAAAACCAACUGCUCCGGAUUAAAUUUUUCUAUAAAAAGG